AGAGAGAGAGAGAGAGAGAGAGGGAGAGAGAGAGAGGGAGAGAGGGAGGGAGGAAAAGGAAAAGGCGUUUCCAGCCUCAGCAGCCGAGCAGAGCACCGACAGCGGGACGCACGGACCAGAGGAACCAAGUCAUUUCUCUGUGACUGUCUGACUGACACUUCACCUCCCCCGUGUCUCCUCCUCUCCUCCUCUCCUCCUCUCCUUCCUUCACCAAUGAGACGCACUCGGAUCCGCCAGUGAACAACCGACCGAACCCACCGGACUUGUUUCUUAUUUCUUUCUCUCUGCGGCACAAAAAGAAAAGACAGUGUGUGUUUUUCUCUUCGUGUGCGCUUCUUCAUCCAGAGGAGACGCUCUCCCCGCACCGUCCCUCAUCGUCCCUCAUCGUCCCGCAUCGUCCCUCGUCGUCCCUCAUCGUCCCUCAUCGUCCCUCAUCGUCCCUCAUCGUCCCGCUCCGUCCCGCUCCGUCCCGCAUCGUCGCUGACUCAUUCCUCUGCGCUCGGGAACAUGGCGGAGUACAGCUCCCUGCUCAGCGACCUGUCUGACAACAUCACCAACGAGGACCUGGAGCAGCUCAAGUCGGCCUGUAAGGAGGACAUCCCCGAGGACCAGAGCAACAACAUCACCUCCUCCAAGGAGUGGUUCAGUUACCUGGAGAAGAACGACAAGCUGGCCCAGGAUAACCUGUCGUACAUCGAGCACAUCUUUGAGAUCUCGCGGCGACCGGACCUGCUGACGAGGGUGAUCGAGUACCGCACCACGGUCCUGAAGAUCUCCGAGGACGACGAGAUCGACACCAAACUCACACGCAUCCCCUCGGCCAAGAAGUACAAAGACAUCAUCCGCCAGCCCUCUGAAGAUGAGAUCAUCAAGUUGGCUCCUCCCCCCAAAAAGGUGUGAGGUCGUGACCCCCAGUCCCUGAUCUUUUCAACUUGAUUUCUUCCCUCGAAUCAACCGACCAACCGUUUUCUGACCGACCCCGUCACCCCCCCACUUCACCGCCCCCACGCUCUGCUCAAACACACACACACACACACCACCUCCUCCCUGCACAUGCCACGGCAGCGAACCACAAGCAGCCACCUACGCUCCACAGCAACCAAUCAGAUCAUGGCGAUGGUGCAGCCUCUCCCCGAGCCGAGGGAAGAUGGGAAGCUGCAGGAAACAAAAAGACAAUAGAAGAAGAAGAAGAAGAGGUCUGGAAGCGGAUUGACAGUGUGUGUGUGUGUGUGUGUGUGUGUGUGUGUGUGUGUGUGUGUGUGUGUGAGUGUGUGAGUGUGUGAGUGUGUGAGUGUGUGUGAGAGAGAGAGAGAGUCAAAGUCUAAACUUGAUUUAACGCUGAGUGGUUCAGUUCAUAAAGAGUGUAACAUGUACACACUGUUCAAACUGUGUGUGUGUGCGUGUGUGUGUGUGUGUGUGUGAGUGUGUGAGAGAGAGAGAGAGAGUCAAAGUCUAAACUUGAUUUAACGCUGAGUGGUUCAGUUCAUAAAGAGUGUAACAUGUACACACUGUUCAAACUGUGUGUGUGUGCGUGUGUGUGUGUGUGUGUGAGACAGUCGAGGCUGUUAUAGUAAAAACAAAGAUAUCACACCCACAUAUUUGAUUUUGAGAAAACAAACUCCAUCUUCAAACGCGAACAACAAACUGACAAAGUAAAAACUUUCUGUCUAAGAUUCAGUGAAACUGAAACAUGUUAAAUAGCAAGUUUUAAAACAAAACUUUAAAAGGUUUUAACUAAUCCAAAUCUGACACGUGACUCCACGAGCGACGUUAGCAGCAGGUUCACUUUAGCGUAACUACUGGACACGUCGGGGAAACAGGCUUGUACUUAUACGCUUUGGUUUUUAUAUGGAUUGAAUAAAUAAAUAGAUGUAUUAUGUUGAUUGUUGAGCUGGUUAAACCAGGCUAACUCUCCCCUCUGUCUCCAGUCUCUAUGCUAAGCUAAGCUAACCUGUUAAUGGAUGAAUCAAUCCCCAGGAGACUGUAACUGUUCCUUCAAAGAUCUUCAGUUCACAGACACAUCACCAUCCAGAGUUCUGUGUGUGCAUUCCCUUUACUCUCACAUAGUUUAUCAUAUCCUGUCCAUAAUACUAAAUAAUCAUAUUUUAGAGGAGGAUAUUUAAAGUCGAUUUUCAUAGAAAAAAAGCCAAUAUUUGCCUUUAGCUUAUUAUAGCCAUCGCCAGAGUCAUUCACAGAAAAUAUUAAAUGGUAAAGUUACAGCAGUUAUGUCUUUAUUCUGGACGCUCCCUGUCCAACACAAUGACCAGUGAGCAUGAACAUCUGCCGUAUGUAAAUACACCAAUAAUAUAUAGAGGAAAAUAUCGAAGAAAUAAUAUAUUGACCGGCGAAUCUCCGCUGCACCUGCAGCUUCACCAUGAGUUACUGAUAUGAAUCUAUUCAGACGGAGAGGAGAAACACGUCGCGGGAAAAUACACCAGUAUAUUUCCAGAGAGUAUAUUGGAUAUUGUAUUUACACUAAACUAACUGAGCGGUGAGUGACUUCUCUUUGAAGGAAGUACAAACCAAGGUGCAGAGAAGGGGAUGAUAAGUUAACGUACGUGAAGUAAAUGGUGAGGAGAAACGUCGGGUUCCCGCCGCGCACCAUCACUUUAGAAGACUGUUGAACUGAACUGUCACAACACUGUGUCUCUCCCGCGAUGACGCUCACGUUGUUUCACUCCAAGAAUCUGUCACAGCGGCGAGAGGUCGUGUGAGGUCAAGUCAGACGAGGGCGUCGACACUUUCAUUUAGAAACCUGCUCCUGAGGACGUCUGUGGAUCUGUUUGUGUCCUCAGAGCGGGAGGAUCCAAAAAAGAACCAGUGUGCGAGUAGUCAUCUAUACCAGACCCUCUACGCCCCAGUCACCCCUCUACGCCCCAGUCGCCCCUCUACUCGCCCCUCUACGCCCCAGUCGCCCCUCUACGCCCCAGUCGCCCCUCUACUCGCCCCUCUACGCCCCAGUCGACCCUUCUACUCGUCCUUCUACGCCCCAGUCGACCCCUCUACUCGCCCCUCUAUGCCCCAGUCGACCCUUCUACUCGCCCUUCUACGCCCCAGUCGACCCCUCUACUCGCCCCUGUACUCGCCCCUCUACGCCCCAGUCGCCCCUCUACUCACCCCUCUACUCGCCCCUCUACUCAUCCCUCUACGCCCCAGUCACCCCUCUACACCCCAGUCGACCCCUCUACUCACCCCUCUACUCGCCCCGCUAAUCAUCCCUCUACGCCCCAGUCACCCCUCUACUCACCCCUCUACUCGCCCCGCUAAUCAUCCCUCUACGCCCCAGUCACCCCUCUACUCACCCCUCUACUCGCCCCUUUAAUCAUCCCUCUACGCCCCAGUCACCCCUCUACUCACCCUUCUACACCCCAGUUGCCCCUCUACGCCCCAGUCGCCUCUCUACUCGCACUUCUAUGCCCCAGUGGACCCUUCUACUCGCCCCUCUAGGCCCCAGUCAACCCCUCUACUCGCCCCUGUACUCACCCCUCUACACCCCAGUCAACCCCUCUACUCACCCCUCUACGCCCCAGUCGCCUCUCUACUCGCACUUCUAUGCCCCAGUGGACCCUUCUACUCGCCCCUCUAGGCCCCAGUCAACCCCUCUACUCGCCCCUGUACUCACCCCUCUACGCCCCAGUCGCCCCUCGACUCAUCCCUCUAUGCCCCAGUCACCCCUCUACUCGCCCCUCUACAACCCAGUCGACCCCUCUACUCACCCCUCUACACCCCAGUUGCCCCUCUACUUGCCCCUCUACACCCGAGUCGCCCCCUCUACUCGCCCCUCUACACCCCAGUCAUCCCCUCUAUUUGCUCCCUCUACUCGCCCCUCUAUGCCCCUCUACGCCCCAGUCGACCCAUCUACUCGCCCUUCUGCGCCCCAGUCAACCCUCUACUCGACCCUCUACGCCCCAGUCGCCAUUCUACUCACCCCUCUACUCGCCCCUCUACGCCCCAGUCGACCCUCUACUCGCCCCUCUCCAACCCCAGUGCCAACGACCAAGACUUUUGCUUCGAUCGCAGCGUCUGUGAUCGCUUCUCUUUUUUCUUUUGUAAUCGCUUGCCGUAUAUUGUCGUGGUGGACAGAUUUGUAUCCUAUGCAUUUACGUCUGUAAAGGAGAGUUGCUACAUACACUUCAUCUAAAGAGCGGAGCCCCUUCAGUGUGAUGACACACAAGCCCGAUAUUCUUGUGUUGAAGUUGUUGGUGCAUUUGAGUGGAGGGAGAAGAAAUUCGUGGUCGUUACCCAACGUUCAAUGUUCGAGACUGAGGCGAAAAAAACAACCUGCUGGACCAACUAAACUGUAGAACUCAAGUCUUAAUGUACUGAAACAUUCAAUAGUCCUUUAAUGCCUGAACAUAAAACAUCCAGUUCAUAUAGAUGGAUACUUUUAUGGUUUUGUUCAUGGAAUAUUCCACCCUUAAAUACUUAGUUGUGUACUAAACACUUUGAAUUGAGCUGAGGCCCAGUAGACGCAUUGUGACUCAGUGUCAGACUCUGUCAGUCUGUUCAACCCAACGCGUCAUCAUAAAAACGCUCCACGUUAUUUGCACGGAUCUUUUCAGAUUGAUGACACGUGACACCGUCUGUCAGCGUCCAGAUUGUCCCUCAUGGGCCGGACCCCAAGUGAAGCGGUAGCUGCUCCUUCCCAUCGAGUCCACCCAACACAAACUGCAUCAGUCGCACUGCUGAACCCAGACCAGCUGGUCGGGCAAACGGAGGCCGUUCGACUCACUGCUAUGACCUGUGGGUAAUGGUCUUGGUCAUUAAUGUUAGAUUGUCACUCACCAGUUCCAGUGAAGAGCUUUGGUUAUUCUACAAAACGAAAAAAGGCAGAUUUUAGCAUGUUUUACCAUUAUUGUACAAAAUAUCAGCGAGGGGAGCAUUUGGACCAUUGUAUUCUGUUUUUCUUUCUUUCUUUUAAAAGUCUUUUUGAAUAGCAGCCUGUGAUCUAAACGUAUGUGACCAAGUGACUAUUAUUUCUGUUCUCUCUGUCAGCCAUGUUAGCAGUUGUGUGGUAUUUUGUCAGUAGUUUGACAGGAGUGAAUAUCUGUGAACAUCAGAAGAGAAACAUAGAUACUGAACAUGCUCCUGGUCGAAGAGAAACCUUUGAUUCAGGUUAUUUCGACAUGUUGCAGCAUUAAACAUGGCUGCGCUGCCAUACAGUGACGCGCGCUGACUUCCUGAUGUCAUCGUGCGUCUCCGCGUCGUUACUGGGCAGGUUACAUGUCCGCUUAGUGUUUGCCCUGUUGCCGUUGGCAACAUGAUAUAUCAACAUAUCAGUCACUAAUGAUGUCAGAAAUUGGAUUUCCGUAUACCAAGUACAUAUCAACUUAGUAAAUGCUGCAAAGUAUAGCCCUACUAAUAAAUAUAUAUUCAUGGUGAAUACCUGGUUAUGACCAACACAUGGGGAAAAAGUUGCUACUGUACAUGACAGUUAUUGAGUGAAGGUAUUCAGAAGCUAGCAGUCGUUCCUCCCUCCCUGUGUUUUUAUGUUUUUAUCAUUCUGUUAGGUUGUAAAUAUGUAUUUUGAAUAUAUAUCACCGUGUUUGUUUUGAAAUGGAUUAAUUUAUUUACUGCCUAUAUAUUGUUGUUUUUACGUAUCCUGAUCUUGUUUUAACUGGAAACAAAUCGAUGGGAUGAAAAACGCAGAUCAGGCGUCAUGUUAUUCUCUUCAUUUAUUCUUCAGCUGUUUUGGCUUUGGGUGAUUUACUUUACAACAACAACAACAACAACAACAACAAAAGCGAUUCUCAUUUCAUUGUGUUCACUGAUAUUUAACAUUUUAUGUUUGACUGUGUCGUAUUUGAUCAGACGUGUCGUGGUCACUGCCUGUAAAAUCAUUUUAUUCAGAGAGUUUCCAAAUCAUGACAAAAGACAAAAAGCAGUCACUAAAUCAUUACCGGCCAUUUUGUGUGUAGGAGACACGUUGUCUCAAACAGGAUCGAGUCCUGAGAUGAUUGAUGGGUGCGUAUGAGGAAGUUCGUGGUUUCAGUCGAGGAAGAGCAGUAGUUAUAUGUUUUAGUUUCAUUUCUGUAGCUCCCUUUAGUUUUUUUUCUGUGUUUUCAUGAAAGGUGUUUUCACUUCCAAGUAGCUGGAAAAAGAAAAAGAACCAGUUGGGUUAGUUUGUAUGGAACCAAAUGAUUUACUAUUAAAAUUAAAUAAACUGACAUUAAUAGAUAACUGUGCCUCCCCUCCCAAAGAGCACUUUGAAACAUUACAAUUCAAAAUGAAAUCAACUAAAAUCUCAUUUAAUAUGAAAAUAAGAGGAGAUAUGCUGCAUCUUAAUUAAGUAGGCGUUGCAAAUGGCUUCUGGAUUUCUUGGUCCAUUGAAUAUGGAGCGAUGGAGGCUCCACAGAUUGAGUGAUCUUGACUGCAGGUGACGGUGGACGGGUGGAGCGAGGUCAGUAGUGAGGAGUUGUUGAAGAGAAGUUAGUUUGGUGUUGAAUGUGGCAGGACUUGCUGCCGUUCAGUGGUGAGAUGUGAUUAAAAGGUCGAGUUAAUGUUCUGAAUGCUGACUUUAGUUUUCACCAUCACAGGACGAGUCAGUUAUGAACCUUCCUGAAUAUUGAGCCUCAGUCAUGACGCGCUCGACCUCGUGACGCUCGUAGAGGAACGCUCUUUGUUUCCGACGGCCACGUCUCGAUCAGACACUUUGUGAUGUGGGUGUGUUGUGCAGCGGCGGAGGAAAGAGGCGGUUUGACGUGUUCAUCCUGUGAUGGAGGCGUUUGGUUUCACAGGCAUCGAGCAAUUAGACUAGAAGAGUCGGGAGGUGACAGGACAGGAAAGUCUCACCGGGAGUUUGUGUCGUCUCAGUAUCUGUGAUUUGAAACACCGACCAAGUAGCAGAGAUUUUUCCCAAAAUGCAUUUGUGGUACUUGAAUUAAAAUUCCUCAUUCUCAGCUGCUAACUUUGAUUUCUGUCUUGAAAUGUGUAAUAUUCAAUGUGUUGCUGAGGUGAUGCUGCUGGGAGCGGUCAGUGGGAUGGUUUCCUGUCCUGGUAGUGUGACUACAGGAACCCGGGGAUGAGUUAGACCAUUGAACCUGACGGAUCACGUGCAGACAGUUGAACUCGGGUUCGAUCCAGUGAAAAAGAACCGGACGUGGAUUCGGAGGCUGUGACUUUAAAGAACCGCUACGUCCAUCCACACAUUUCAAACACCGCUCACAUCAUUUCCCUGUGCGAUGCCAUGGACUCAAUGCUGUUAGAAACUUUUGCUACGAUUUUUUUCCCUCGCGGGGAGAAAGAAAAGUACUGAAGGAUUUAUUUUGCAAUGGCUGCAAUGAAAUAUGAUGAGGUAUUAUUAUUAAAAACAAAUAUGAAGGGAGUGGCUUUUUGUCAUGAUUUAAAAUGAGACUGAACUGAAAUUAUGCCAUUUUGUCAUUGUGCUAAAAAUGAAAAUAAAUAUUAUAUAUUAAAAUAUAUUUGCUAACCUA